CAUGCCUCAGUACCACACUUCACUUUUUGCAAUGAAAGCUCAUGGUGAAGGGAAAGCUUUUGUCAACAGUAAAAUCCUGUCUCCGACUUAAUUUCUCUCUUGGCCUUCUUUCAUCUUAAUCAUCCCAAAACCGUCAUCUUCAAUCUUCAACAUCCUUACCCACUAUCUCCCUAGGUUAUAAAGAAACCAGUCCAGGACUCUUAAUUUUCACCAGCUACUUAAAUAUAUAUACAUAACCCCAUUUAUAGCUCCACCAUAGGAUCUCAGAACAUAGCUAGGCAGGGAAAUUGACCGCUUUCGUCUCUCCUUGUUCCUCCCCAUAACUUUUUUAUUUUUCAUUUUUUCAAGAACUAAUUCUCAAUUACAAAUCAAUUUCCAAAAGCUUGGACUGUGCUAGAGGCCAUGUUUCCUUGUAGCAGCGAUCACAACCCUUUUACAUACAGUUCCUGCCAAUCCAUCCUGGAGAAGCCCUUUGCAAAUGAUGAAAAGACAAGCUCGGGACAGGAAGAGCAUCCCUCGUCUUAUACACACCUGUCGGCACCUUUUCUUGAGGAUGACGAACUAUUUUUGAGUCAUUUUCUUUCACAACAGAAGCUCUUUUUUGGUAGCACAUCUCAAGCCGAGACCGAAAAUAGUGUUGCGGCUUCAGACAAGGCAACAAAUGACAAAAAGGAGGCGAGUGGAAACACUGUGGCUGAGCAGAUGCCUUCGAAAAAACCACUUCCGAACAAGAAAAGUAGAGGUGGUGCAAAACAGACAGUUCCCAGGAAGAGAACUGGGAAGAAGGACAGGCACAGCAAGAUCUGUACAGCUCAAGGCCCGAGAGAUCGCAGAAUGAGGUUGUCCCUUCAGAUUGCGCGUAAGUUCUUUGAUCUUCAAGACAUGUUAGGCUUUGAUAAAGCGAGCAAAACCAUUGAGUGGCUAUUUACUAAGUCAAAGACUGCAAUCAAGGAACUCACAGAGAGCAUCUCACAAGUGAAGCAAAGUUGCAGCGACGGUACUAAGAGUGUGUCGGUUACAUCCGAUAACGAAGAGAUUUCAGAAAACGUGGAGAUUGCGGGUGAUGAUGGAGACCAAGGGGGUUUUGGUGCAGAUGUUGAAUCUUUCAAUCGCAUGGCCAGAGAGAAAACAAACAGAAAAUCACCUAUUGUUGCAAGGGAUUCCCGGGACAAGGCAAGAGCUAGAGCGAGGGAGAGAACAAGGAACAAAAUGAUGAUCAGGGGGCUUGAGGUAUCGAAACAAAUGUCUGAAGGCGAAAACCCUAACAAUUUGGGACAGUUAUGUUCUUCUAUCCCCUUCAAGAAGCUGGUGAGGAAUCAUCUUUCCGUGGCCAAGAAAGGAAAUCUUCUCUAGAGAUGGUGGCUGAUCAAGUUGAAGAACAUAUCAAUCACUUACUAGAACAUCAAAUCAAUUAUUCUGUGAGCAUUAAUGAGAGAUUUUUGGGCGUUGUUGGUGCGCCAAGAUCAUCUUUGAUUUUGAAUCAUUCACGCAAUGUUGCAGCCUCAAGUGUGGGGAAUCCCACGGAAGAUUUUCCCGGAUUUCCUGUAAAUUGGAUCAACAACAAUAAUGCUAAUAUGCAGAGAAGCAUGAAGCCGUCCACAGGUAAUGUCCAAUUGAGAAUCCCCGGGGUGCAAUUCCCAUGGGUACCUUAAAACCUCAAGAACUGAAGCAUACUUACGAUCGACUUUGAUCUCCACCUACAAUUCCCAAUUAAGAACAGAUCAUGCUUCAUUCAAAAUUCUCAUGAUAACUACGCACCCCAAAAAACCCAAGAGCAUAACCGUUGUUCAAUUCCAUCACCUCCUUGAAUUCUCAACCACAAAACCCUAGUACAAACCUUUUGGCCGUCCACCGCAGAUAAUUAUUGUAAUCUCAUUUUCUAGUGACUGGUUUUCUGGAAAUCCUGAAAUGGGUGGCAAGCGUUGUUGUUUAUCUUGAUCAGGUGCUCCUUUUUUGUUUUGUUUUUUUUGUUUUUGUUUUUCAGUACAUGAGCGCGGGGACAAUGAAAGGUGUGGUUAGCUGUACGUCUUCAACUCCAUGCUCAUUGUUCUAAUUAAUUGAUUGCUUGACCGGGUACUAAAACUAGGUAGUGAUCAUCGAAGUUGAAUUUCUCAGUACCUUCAAAUUAAUUUGCUAGAUUUUGGAGCUUUGACGUUUCGUAUGUCGACACAUCAUUAAUGUACGUACUGGAUUGCGUCGAUAUUUGUAUCAAUGUUGAAUCAUUAUCAUAUUAUAUCAUGGUGUGAUGAGUACUGCUAUUCACUACAAAUCUGAGUCGAUUCGGUAUAGAAUAAUUUUGAGGACAUAAUUUCUUUUCAUUAUUAUAUAUUCCCAACUAAUAGUAGUCAAUUUUGUGCAAAUUAAUUAGGAUAUUAAUCUAGCUAGCGAUGCUGGGUUACACUUCAUGAACUAGUGUUG